AAUAUCCGCGGUAAACCCGAUUGUACAAGGUCGUUGGUUUAUAAGAGGUAAUGGGGCUGUGCGAUGCGUUAAGAGGAAACGUGAUUUACGAGACGAUAAAACCUUAUGUUAUGUUAUGUUUGCCAAAUGAUUCAUUGGCUUCAGAGUCGUAUUUUUCUGAAUUGAAGUGUGCAUCUGCCUACUUGGAUUGUACCUAUUUUAUUCUACGUGUUAUCAAUACUGAGUUGUUACAGAUAAAGCAAUCGGCUAAAAUGAAGUCCGACAAUUUUUAUAGAAAUGUAUUAUCCAUAUUUGAUUUACUGCUUAAACCUGAGAAAAAACCAUCAGAAUUUCUGGGCGAACCACCAAAACCAAAAAGUGAUUUAUUUCGGCAUUCAAAACAUUCCCAUCUACGUCAUUAUUUCACUCAAGUAUGGAUAUCGUUUCUAAACAACGAAUUAUCUGAUGACGUACGUCUAGAAUCUGUACGGUACUUGGGUAAUGGAGGCAUGAAUCGCUUAGCCGAAAUUCGCUUAUUAGCUGAUCACAUUAUACCAAUUUUUGAUCCCGAUCCGGAGAAUAAAUUAUCUCAAACAGAAUUGACAAAAUUUCCAACUAGUUGGUCUCGUUCAGUUUGUCAUGCAGUACUCGGUUUAAUUCAAAAAGGUGAUUUCAAUUAUCCACGUUUGUACAUUCGGCUGUAUCGUUUAUUGGAUGAAACUUUGUUUGAAUGUCCAGAUGUCGAACCUUUUCUGAUUGAUUUAGAUGUUUAUUUAAGCUCCAUACAUUUAGCUACCACAGUUGUUGCAUCAUUCAUAAAACGACUUUCUCAAUUAUCUUUAUUUAGUCCAAUUACAAUUACACCUGCAAUACUUUUAAUCAUCUUCAAUGGUUUACAAAAUCAUCCUCAUUGUCGUGUUUUAAUUAAUUCUAAACAGAAAAAAUCACAAAAAUUAAAUAAUAUUCAAUCGGAUGAUAAUAGUUUACCAAAUGUAUUAAAUGCACAAUCAAUUGGUGAUCCCUAUAAUUGGGAAGCAGAUAAUUUUGAUUCAUCUAGAGCAUUAGAAAGUAGUCUAUGGGAAGUUUAUGCAUUAAUUGGUCAUUGUUCACCAGAUAUCUCAUCAUUAGCUUAUAAAAUUUGUAAUCCUGAUCCAACGGAUACUUUUAAUUCCUCUGUGGCUGACAUACUUGAUAAACAAAAAAAGAGUUGGAUGGUGGCUGGCAGUGAAACCUAGAACGCUCGUUCCGUCGCAUAUGGAACUUGUCAGCUGGACCCAUCGAGGAAAUUGGUAUAGUAUGCACGUACGCCGAAAAAGGCUGACCGAUUGCAGUCUUAAACAUCAACGAGAACAUUCAAACAACCAACAUAAAUGAAUUAAAUAUAUUUUACUUAUGUUAUCACCGUAACUGUAUCUUAUAAUAAUCCAUAAUAUUCGUCCUCAAUAACUUUUUUAUUUGCAUCCUUAGGAUAUUGUUACAUUUUGUGUUUUGCUUCCGGGUAACUUACUGUACCUGACUUUUUUAAGUUAAAGAAUACGGUUAUACGUUUUGGUUGAAUAAAAGAACAUUAGUUCAAAAUAACCUGGCUCUAGCCCCAAUCGUAAUUUAUCAUUUCUUUCUUCUAGAAUAUUAAAGAAGCAACCCGCUCUGUGAAGGAAGCAUUGUACCUGUUAUCUCAAACUAAUAUUACGAUGCCAGAGUUACCUCCGCUUGAUGGUUGGGCGUAAUUGGUUUUCCUUUUUGGUGCAGAAACGUUUAAGUUUUUAUACAACUUACUAUCUGUGCAAGAAACAUUUUUAAUUAUAAAUAUCUGAUUCUUUUGUAUAAUACUGAACGCUUAUUAAUUCUGUUCAUAUUUUCACCUUUCUAUUGUUAUAUCCAGUAGCUUAAUUUCGUGUAAAUGAUGUAUACAUCCUAUAAGUUGUAUUUACAUGAUAAGAUAAUUAUUAAAAUGUUUUUGUAUUUAUUU